CGGCUCGACAUCGCAACUCACCCACGUCAGCUCUCGACAUACACGUAUCUGCCUGAGCAUGCUGCGCCCAAGCGUAGCUCCGUCCGGCGACUGAGUCAAAAUGAAGAAGACCCUUUUGCUUGUGUUUAUUCAUGGGUUCAGGGGCGGCGAGGACACCUUUCUCAAGUUUCCAGACCAACUCACUGCGCUCGUGCGACAUGCGCUGCCGAGUAUUGCCGUGCAGUCCGUGACGUACCCUAGAUUUGACACGAGGGGCGAUCUGAAGGAGUGCGUCGCGAGAUUUCGCGAUUGGCUCCAGAACAAGGUCAUCGACAUCGAAGUCGACAAUGGCACGCCCUCCCCGACCGUCGACCCCUCCGUACACGUCAUCCUAGUCGGACACUCUAUGGGCGGCAUUGUCGGCGCAGAAACGCUGCUGCUGCUCGCCUCCGAACAGCCCAUCCCACCGCUAUCGACAUCGUCGCAGGCCGAUAUUUCUGACCGUCCGUUUUUCAUGUUUCCUCACAUCCAGGGCCUAGUUGCCUUCGACACACCGUUCCUAGGCAUUGCGCCAGGUGUGGUUUCGCACGGCGCCCAGGAGCAUUAUCAAACCGCCUCGACCGCAUAUACCACGUUUACUGAGGUUGCGGGAUUAUUUGGGUAUGGAGGGAAUAAUAAAUCUACGACUACAAGCACAACUACAACAACCGCGACGUCGAAAUCAGCUACACUACCCCUCCCACCCGCAACAACAGAUACAUCCAACGGUGACGCAGCCGCGACCCCGUCCUGGUCGCGAUGGGGCAAAAUGGCCAUGUUCGCCGGUGCCGCUGGCGCAGUCGCAGCCGGCGGUGCUGCAGCGCUUUACUCGCAGCGUGACCGGUUCACUGAGAGCUGGCGAUGGAUAACCUCGCACCUCGAAUUCGUCGGGUGUCUCGCGCGGCCGGCCGAUCUACGCACACGAGUUGCCUCGCUGGCAACACUGCAGCAAGAGCGCGGGAUAAGCGUUGCGAAUUUCUACACAUGUCUCGGCAAAGCAGCUCCUCCUCCACCACCUACUCCUCCCCCUCAAUCCCCCCUCGACGCGGGCAGAUCGCGGUCCACCAUUCUAUCCCGCAUCCCGCGCGCCCGCAACCGCACAUUUUGUCAUUUACCCGAGGACUUUGAUGCCUCCGACGCUCUGCUCGCAGGUGACGGGACGUCGGAUAGUCCGGGGAUUAAGUGGAUAUUAGCGCUCAACGAUAAAGUGACAGAUGAGACGACGGCCCAUAUCAGUAUGUUCUCGCCGCGUGAGAACCCGAAGUAUUAUGUGCUAGGGCAUGAGGCGGCCGAUACGAUUGUGCGAUGGGUUGAUCAGGGAUGGUACGCGAGUGCGGGUGCAGAGGAGCAGUUUGAUAGUAGUAGUGGUGCGAAGAAUACCGCGAAUGCAGAAGAGAGAGAUGAUUUUGUGGUUGUUGAUUAGGCGGCAUUAUUAUUAAAAUAAAUUCUACUUAUUCUUAGCCAGCAGCACCAUAACUUGUGCCAGAAUUUUCGGACCAAAUCUGGAUCAAUACUUACACGAGUCAUUACCAUCGUCCUUAUCCUUACAUUUAGGGUAUUUCGAUUUUAUAAGAAUAAAUUGUUAGUUGUGAGGAAGAA